CCCAGCGACGACUACAAACUUCACAAUAACAUCUCCACAACCAUGGCUGCUCAAGCCGAGUCAAGCCACUGCAUACUAGAAUCCUCUCCAAGGGUUCCCACCCCUGCAAAGCAGCUUCAAGUAAAGAAGAGAGUGGUGAACCUCGUCAACCCAGCCGAUGUAGAGGAUUUUUCACCUCAAAAAAGCACUUCACCCACAGGGUCUCCUGCUAACACACACACUAUAACUGAGUUUCUCAAAGCAAAGACGUCCUCUCCGCCUAUCCUUCCUCGCCUAAGCGAAUUGCAACAGCAAGCAGGAAAUCUUACACCAAACGGCAGUGGUGUGAAGGGCAUCCUGAGACCUUCUGGGACUCCUGGUUCUGGAAAUGGAGUUCGAUUCUUCCACAAGAAACAAUUUCGAGUCAUUACCCCCAAUUCCUCCGUCCUUCCACCAUCCCCAGCUAAGCCACCACCAACACCCACAUCCAGCUCUUUCUUUUCUCAGCUACUUGCGGUCACUAUGUCUCCUCGUCGUAAAGAGCCUGAAUCUGAGCCUGAGCCUGUAGGGAACGAAGAAAGUUGGGAGAAGCCAGGUGAAGAGGGUGAACUAUCAUUGGUCGCUUCAACUGGAUCGGCUGGGAGCAUCAUCAUCCAUGGCGACGAGGAUGAAGAAGAUGUGGAAGAAGAGGAACCUUGGAAUGGCGAGCCCCAAAUACACUCCUCGCCUUUAGGAUUACCCGCUGUACCUGAGGGCAACACAUCCAAAGAUGCGUCCUACGGUGAAUUCGAACUUCCUUCGGUUGAGUGGCACCUUCCAGAAGAUAUGUCGAACCUGUUAUCUACAAAAUUUCCGGAAAAAGACUCGUUCUCAGUUGCUGAUCCGACUUCAACCUCCACCACUGCUUCAUCAAGAGACUUGUUUGCCGAUCAAUCUUCUUUUCGAGAUGGCUUAACUUCUGAGGCAGCCGCCUCCAGAUCACUGAAACACGGCAAGGUGGAGAGGAGGGCCGAAGCGGAAUUCUGGGGCGUACAGCCCGACGAGUCCGCCAUGUCUGAGCUCGGCAGGGAGGAUAGCAACCCGACAAUCCGAUGCCAGCUACCUCCUCUUGAGGAGCAAAUCCCUACUAUCGAAGAGAAAUCAGAAACUCAAGAGUCUCCUCUCUCCAUAGCACAACCUGAACCCCCUAUGACUGCCCCAUACUCCACAAGUUCGAUAUUCGCCGACAUGAGUGCCGAGCAAGCUGAGCUUACUUGGCCACUCACUCAUCGCCCGGGGCCAGAUUCUUCUUCUACUUUCCAAUCGCCCAGCCGUAUCCAGUCCCCGGAACCGCCAGAAGUAGCUCCCGAAACCCCUCGAACAACAGCAGGAGACGUUACCGAAUUUUACGACUGUACAGCUAUGGUCCUAUCCCCCUCCUCUGAUUCACCUCUUGCUACCUGUUCUUCGUCAGCACCCCUUACGAGCCUCUUGGUACAGCCUACAAAAGCUCUCUUCGAAGCUCAGACAGCUCAUACAAUUGCACUCAGCACCGAACUUGAACUUUACAAGGAUCUUACCGAAAAACUCCGCAAUGAAGUCUCAGAAAGAGACGAGGUGCUCGCUAAACUGAAUAUGCGAGCUUUGGAAGCGGAGAUGUUGUACUCCCAGGUGCAAGAUCUGAAGAAGGCGCUAGCUGUUGCUAACGCAAAAGCACAACAAGCGGAGGUACAAGCUCAAACCGCUCAACAGCAAACAUUGCCAAAUCUAGACUUGAACUCUCCGACUCCCCUCAUGCGUACCCGGAGUGCUGGUCUUCCCUCUGAUAGGACUAUGGCCGCCCAAAGUGAAGCGCGUGACCUCGAGAUUCGACUUGCUAAAGCUUUAGCAGAUGCCGCAGCCACCUCGCGCCAGCUGGAGGAGGUCAAGAAUUCUCGAGACCAACAAGCUCUUCAGCUCGAGGAAGCCCGAGCUGAAUUGAGAGAUAAAGAUGAUCGUGAGAAAAGCCGCCUGAUCAAGGCUUCCCACCCCGAAGAGAAUGAAGAAGAUGGGGAAGUGGAGAAAAUGCGAAAAGAGAUGAAGGAGUUGCAACGAAAGGUGGGAGAGAUGGAGGGCAAGGAAGAGGAAGUACAAGCUUUGAGGCAAGAGUUAGAAGAGGUACAUCGUGAACUUGAGGAAGUCAAGGAUCAGGGGAGUGAGGUUCAAGCUCUCAGAACGGAACUGUCUAGUGCUCAUCACCAACUGGAUGAAUACGAGCUGAUGAAGGCCGACGUGGAUGCCCUUCAAAAGGAGCUUGCCGACUUGAGGCACCACGUCCAGGAGCUCAAACAAGUGAAGGCCGCAGACGAAGAGGAGAUUGAAACCCUUCUGGAUCAGGUUGCCAAGCUUGAAGUCGAAAGUCGAGACGUGGAGGAUUUAAAAUAUCAUUUUGACCAGCUUAAACAGGUCAAAACGGCCAAUGAGGAAGAGAUUGAAAACCUUUUGAGGCAAAUCGAGAAGCUUAAGGCGGAGAGAAGGCAGGAAGACGAGUGGAAGAGCAAGGUGGAGGAACUGAGUAAGAGAGUAGAUAUGGAAGGCAUGAGAAGGCAGAAUGUAGAGCUUGAACUAGAGGAGGUCAGGAGUAGGGAGAUCAAGCUGGAAGGAGAGAACCGAGAGCUUCGAAAGAGCCUUCAAUCCACUCGGGAACAACUCGUUCAAGCACAGUCAGUCCCUACCACCUCCCUGGCCGACGCGCAGGAACUCCAAUCGCUCCGCGUCCAGAUCGACCACCUCAAGUCUCAAUCGGCUUCGAAAGACUUGGAAAUCACCAAUCUUCAACGACGUAAAGCGGAGUUGAAGGAGGAUAGGGAGAUGCUCAACAUCGCAUUGGAUUCGAAGCAACAAGAGGUCGAGCUGAUGAAACGGAAGUUUGGAGUUCGCGGAGUUGCGGGUAGUACACCUCUCGGAGCGUCCCAACGCACUAAUCUCGACCAAGGUACCACUCCUUCCAUGACCAACGAAUCUUUCCUCCCCAAGACCCUUACUCGCCGUCGAUCGUCUCUUGCGAUACAGACCCCUGUCCCAGACUACUCUAAGCGGCAUUCACUGGAAACGCCUUUACAAGGCAACCACCGCCACGGAGUGCAGCUGUAUCCGAGCACGAAAGUUGCAUCAAGAGUGAUGCAGAGAAGCGAAUCUAGAGAGGAGAACAUACCUCCAUCACGCGCAUCUGUGGGUGGUAGUGCAGCGAGGUACGGUAGUUUGAGAACGAAGGAAAGGGAAAUGACACUGGCAUAAGAAGAUGGAAGGUUGGUGUAUAUUUACUAUUCUUGAGUUUUGUUUGAUCCUUUUUGGACAUUCGGGUACUGUGCGUAUUCAUACUGUGCAAUGAUAUAUAAUGAUUAUGAAUGAGAUUCUA